AUGGCAUCUGAAGGCAAGAACGCGAGCGGCCUCGAGUCCUUCAAGGGCAAGGGGUACGCGAUGUGGAAGGACAAGCUGCUCACCCACAUCAACACCCAGGACCAGCUCUACAAGCGCAAACAGCUUGAGAAAGGGCUGCCAGACGUGCGCGUGUUAAUGGCGGACUUCCUGCGGGGAAGCCCAGAGCAACCGCCACCGGUCCCAGAGCAGGGUGAAUUGUCUGAGAAGGAGUCAGUGGCCAUGCGAUGGGCGGUGAUGGAUUGGGAAAAGGCAAAGGGCGACCUGCAGAACCUCCUGAACCAAGUGCUCCCGAACUUCUUCCUCUCGACGCUGCCAGACCUGGUCUCUCAGAUGGAGCCAUGCGAGGUGGUUAAGGCGUUGGAGAAGGACUACGGUCAAGGAGACGCAGCCGGGCUAAUU